AUUCUCUCUUGGCCCAACAUAGAGACUUCAAUGGAUCCUGCAGCCUCUCAACCACAUCAGACCACCACCACCACUGCCACUACCACCGCCAUUAGCCAAAUACAAUACCCAGAAUCCACCAACUCCUCACCGCGCUCUAGGCAAACCGAAACGUGGGACGAGCCAUUGCCACCGGUCCCGGGAGCAAAGCUGAGGCUAAUGUGCAGCUAUGGAGGGCACAUCAUUCCCCGCCCACACGACAAGUCCCUCUGCUACGUUGGUGGCGACACCCGCAUUGUGGUGGUGGACCGCAGCUCCUCCCUGGCGGAGCUCCACUCCCGCCUCUCCCACACGCUCCUCAACGGCCGCCACUUCACCCUCAAGUACCAGCUCCCCACUGAGGAGCUUGACUCCCUUAUAUCAGUCACCACAGAGGAGGACUUAGAGAACAUGGUUGAAGAAUAUGACCGCACCGUCUCAACAUCCCCUUUAAGACCUUCUCGUCUUCGCCUCUUUCUGUUCCUAUCGAAGCCCGAAACCGCAGCCUCCAUGGGAUGUCUCCUUGCUGAUGCCAAGUCCGAAACAUGGUUCGUGGAUGCUCUCAACAAUGCCGGGUUGCUUUCCAGAGGGCUAUCCGAUUCCGCCACUGAGAACAACAAUAUAGUGGAUCUUGAUGGGAUGAUGAUCCAGAGUGAUUCUGCCACAGACCUGCAGAAGAAUCAUCAUCAAAAUAGCAGCAGUGACAAUAAACAAUAUACAGUUCCAGAUUCACCAGUGGUUAUUGAGACAUCCUCUUUUGAUUCUUCCACUGUUUCUUCUCCAUCCAUGGCCAAUCUGCCUCCAAUCAAGGUCAGGGUUGAAGGGGGUGGUCUUAGAGUGAACGAUAAAAUAUUUGGGUUAGAAGAACAGUUGUCGCAGAUAAAUGUUGGCCCCCAGACCACACAGAAGCAAGAAGAUGGGGUUGAUAAUAAUGUGGCAGCCACGGCUGCAGUGCCACCUACUAUAUUUGCAAUCAACUCUGCUGUUAUCUCAGACUACGAGAAAUUAGAUGAUGGAGCACAACCCGGGAUCCGAAAACCGCCAUUACCACUACAGUUGGUUCCUCGCAAAACUGGAGAUGGUUAUGGCUUGUCAUCACCAGAUUCAAGACAUGCUGCUGGAGGAUUCAACUUAGCAUCACCAGAUUCUGUAGCCAGUGAUAGUAGCAUCACAUCUGCUGCAUCUUUCUCAAAACAUGCAACUAACCAGGAUGCAACUCAAGCCAUUAUAAGUAGGGAAAACAGAGCAGCAAUUGAUCCCAAGAGUAACAUUAUGGACACCACUACCUCUCUCAUCCAGAUGCAUCAUCAGGGCCAGGAUUCUGCAGCAGCUAUACAACACAACCAGCAGCAGCAACCACAGUUUAUACAUCCCAACACUACACACUAUUUUCAGCAUCCACCUGCAGGAGGCGGGGGACCGGUGCCAAUCUCGUCUUACUAUCCAAUGUACACCGGGGCGGCGCCCCCAUCACAGCAACAAAUGGAUCAUCAGCAUCAGCAUCAGCAAUACCCUAUGUAUCUACUGCCAGUUACUCAGCCCUACAACAACUUCGCAGCAGCACCGCCAUCUAGUACUCCGCCGCCAAACCCAACCACCAAUAAUGCUUACAAAGAAGCACUUCCACCUAUUUACCCCACAAAACCAGCUCCCCCCUCAUCUAAGCCGGAAGCCGCUGCAGCAAGUGUGUAUAGAACAGGCGCCGCAAUAACCCCUGCACUGCAGUUUCACCAACAAUUCUUUGGUCUUUCUUCACAAGCCCCUCCCCCUCCCAGCUCUGCAAACUAUGGAUAUGAUUAUUCCCAUAUUCCUACUCAAGACCAGCAGCUCUAUUAUGCUCAUCAGCAUCAAGUUGCACCACUGCCUUCUCAGUACCAAACUAUGACCCCCACCACUGCACUGCUACUGUCACAAGCUGCAGAGAAUGCCAUGCAACAACCCAAAACUUCUCAACCAUUAUAAGAGAUUUCAAGUUCGGUGCCUUUUAAUUUAUGUGGAUAUUCAAGAAUAGAUGAUCAUUGCAAUAUGAACUUAAAGCAGUAUAUCACCACUAUA